GCAGUUUGCGAGCAUCUCAUUCAGACGAGCGGCGGCCUAUCGCGAUGUCACACCACCGGCAGCGUUUUCGCCAUCUGAUGUGAAACACUCAUCCCGGUUUACCGCACAUUUAUGUCUCAGUGCAGCGAAUUCAUUCGGAGCCGUCUGUUUUUAGAAUGCGUCCGGGAGCGGGUCCCCCUCCUCUCGAUGCUGUGCGGUCCUCUCUGUGCCUGCGCCUCAUAGUUUUUCUCCUCUGUGCAGAAGCUGCUGUAUCUGCAGGCGGUGUUUAUAAUGGAUUAAAUAAGCAGGGUUCAUUGAAGAGCAUCCUUGAGCAUGUACAAAGUUAUGAGAUUACUAAUCCCAUAUGGCUGCACCCUCACCGACACACAAGGUCUGCGAACAAAGAGCAUCCUUCAGAGACACAGGUUCUGAUCUCAGCUGAGGGCCAGGAGCUCAGACUACACCUGGAGAAGAACGAGCAGCUGUUGGCCCCUGGAUAUCAGGAAAUAUGGUAUACUGCAGACGGAGCCCGCAAGUCCUCCUCUCCUGCCAACACUGGACACUGUUUUUACCAUGGGACAGUUCAGGGCAUUCAAGGUUCCAGCGUUGCUGUUAGCACAUGCUCAGGACUCAGGGGACUGAUUUCUCUGAACACAAGCGUCAGCUACCUGAUAGAGCCUCUUCCUGUCUCCGCGGAUGCUCAGCGGCACGCUGUGUUCAGAGCCGAGAACCUGCGUCUACCUGGAGGUAGCUGCCUGCAUCACCACGGCAACAGUGGGCAGGAGGAGCGGCUUAAUGACUUCAUCCAUGGAAUGACGUCAACAACGCGGAGGGAGAAAAGGGACCUGAGUAAGAACAUGAAGUAUGUAGAGCUGCUGAUAGUCGCAGACAAGGCCGAGUUUGAGAAUCAUGGGAGUAACAUCGAGAAGACCAAGCAGAAGCUACUGGAAGCAGCUAACUUGGUCGACAAGUACUACAAGGCUUUGAGCAUCCGUGUGGCCUUAAUCGGUCUGGAGAUGUGGACCAGCCAGGACAUGAUCAGCGUGUCCGAUAACCCUCACAGCACCCUGGCAGCGUUCCUGUCCUGGAGACGGAAACAGCUCCGGGUGCUCCCCAACGACAACGCUCAGCUCAUCACGGGGAAGUCAUUCCACGGCACCACCAUCGGGCUGGCACCUCUCAAAGCCAUGUGCUCCGACUACCAGUCUGGUGGAGUGAACACGGACCACUCGGAGUCAGCUGUGGGUGUUGCCGCCACUAUGGCGCACGAGAUGGGUCACAACUUCGGCAUGAGCCACGACAGUACAGGCUGCUGUCAGGCGAGAGCAGAAGACGGGGGUUGCAUCAUGGCUGCUGCAACGGGGCACCCCUUUCCACGUGUGUUUAAUGGCUGUAAUGAGAAAGAGCUGAAGAGCUACCUGAGCUCUGGAGGAGGGAAGUGUCUCUUCAACUUGCCCAACACCAGAUCCAUGUAUGGAGGGCAGCGCUGCGGCAAUGGUUACCUGGAGGAUGGAGAAGAAUGUGACUGUGGAGAGGAAGAGGAGUGCACCAGUCCUUGCUGUAACGCCAACAACUGCACUCUGAAAGCUGGAGCUGAGUGCGCCCAUGGCAUCUGCUGUGAUAACUGCAAGUUGAAGAGCCCAGGUGUGCUGUGCCGCGCUCCCUCUGGGCCAUGUGACCUGCCAGAGUACUGCGAUGGGAAAGCCGAGACUUGUCCUGCAAAUUUCUAUUUGGUGGACGGUACAUCGUGCGCAGGCGGGCAGGCCUACUGUUACACCGGCAUGUGUCUGACCCUGGAGCAGCAGUGUCGGUCGCUGUGGGGACGAGAUGGCCGUCCAGCCCCUGACCUGUGUUUUAAGGAGGUAAACAAAGCUGGGGACAUGUACGGGAACUGUGGCAAAGACCUGGUUGGGAAAUACAGGAGCUGUAAGGACAGGGAUGCUAAAUGUGGGAAAAUCCAGUGCUUAUCUUCAGCCUCCAGGCCCAUUGAGAACAAUGCUGUUCGCAUAGAAACCACAGUCACUGAGGGCAAUAAGAGGAUCCAGUGUAUGGGAACACAUGUGUACAAGCUUGGGGAGCGGGACGAGGAGACACAAGGUGACACUCUGGACCCAGGCCUGGUCAUGACGGGCACCAAGUGUGGCAAUGACUCGAUUUGCUUUAAUGGAGAAUGCCGCAAUGCAUCUUUUCUCAGAGCUGAUGAAUGCAAUGCCAAGUGCCAUGGACACGGGCUGUGUAACAACAACCAUAACUGCCACUGUAACCCUGGCUGGGCUCCUCCUCUGUGUGACCAGAAGGGGUCAGGUGGGAGUGUAGACAGUGGACCUGUCAUCAGCCACAGCAAUCUCCUUCCAGUCCUGCUCGUCCUCCCUCUGUUUCUCUUUGUGGUUUUGGCUGCUGUUGGAUUGUGGUGCUGCUACAGGCAUAAACUCCACCCGCUGAAAAGUUCAGCUCCACCUCCAGUGCCAAACUGUUCAGUCCCAGUACAGGGAAAGUCUCUGUUUGCUGACGGUCAUGUGAACGGUCACGCCAACCCGACUUUCCUGCUGAAGAAACAGCAGCCAGACCACUCGGUGAAGUCUUCUCCUCGUCCAAGCCCGUCUUGCUCAACGCGGUCCAGACAUGCUAUUGUGCGUCCAGCGGUGAAGCCUCCUCCCAUACCUGCGUACGCAGCAGAGCAAAAAGAGCAGACAUCUCACCCUCAGAUCCAGCUUUCAGCUCCUCCUCAUCUAAAAUCUGUACAGUUGAUCGAUCCGAGACAAAAACUGGCUCCUCCGCCUCCUCCACCAUCGGGACCUCCACCUAACAGACCUCCACCACCUAACAGAACUCCGCCACUUUGUCCUGUCAACAAACCAUCACUGGAACAUCAAAUGAAAGGCCUGCAGGUUACCACCAGUGCUCUGCAGAGAGGAAAAGGUGCUUUGGCUCCAUCUGCUGGACAGAAAAAGCCAUACAGAACCUAAACUAAGAUCUCAGGGAGACGUUGAGGACCACCACUUACAUCUAGUAAUGGACUGCCUCAACCUGUUAGCAGCUGGCCAGGAUGAGAUGAAUACUUGACACACUUGAUCUGUGGAUUACAGUAUUUUAUACUGAUGUGUAUUAAGGGAAGUGGUAGCAUUACAGUACGUUAUAGAACAUAUCACAAUGAGUAUGUUUUAUGUCUAAGAUUUAGGCAUUCAUGUUUUGUAAAAUAGCCUUACAUGUCUGCUGUAUAAACAUGAAACAGCCCGAGCUGUGAAUUUAUGAAGGCUUUUCUUUUUAAUUGAUUAUUGUCCCAGAUGUUAAUGGAAAUGUGAAAUUGUUCCACAUGUGGCAGCAGUGUUGAAACACUAUUCCAGGAAUAUUUAUUCACAGAGCAAAGAAAGUUGAACGUUUACAAUGUAGCCUGUGUACUAAACAUGGUGUCUCUUAAAGAGCAUCAACUGUAAUGGGAUAUCUUAUAUUAAGAAAAGAUGCCAAUAGUGAAGUGCUUACGCUUCUUCUGUGUGAAAAAUAAUGGGAUUUUAACUGGACAAGAGGGGAUCAGUGAAAGUCCUACAUGCAUGCUGUAAGUAUAUGCUUAUGCUGAGAGAUACAUGUCUGAUAUGUAGCAGGAAACGUUAGAGAUUUGUCUUUUUUUAUUUUACUUUUUUUUAAUGAUUCUAUGUUGUGAUGUUGCACUUUCAGCAGUCUUUUUAUUAUCAAAUACUCAACUCAUGAAGGCAGUUAAAAGAAUGUCCUUCCACUAAGUACCAACUAGUAAUAGUCACCUUUCAAGCCUACAGGAGGUGAGUAUUUGGUACCAAAAAGAUUUUGGGUGAAGUAUCACUUUAAGGUGACCUUUCAAACCCUCAUUAACUUUAAUUUCUUACUUCUGUCACUGACAAUCAGUGAUUAAGUUGUCUUUGUCCAAGGCAACAUUUCAAAACAUUUCAUAUUAGGAGCAAAAAUGAGCCAUAGUUUUAUGUACGUGUUAGUUAAACAUCCCAAAAUUACCAUAAAGUUGAAUGAUUUAAGGUGUGUGUCCAAAGACGUUACUAAAACUGUCCAGAAUACCUUGUUAUUAUUGUUUUACCUAAAAAAAAAAAAAUGACUGUGUUAUGUGACUCCAGGCUAACAGUGAUAAGUGAUCAGCUGCCAUAUUUUACCUUCUAAUCAAACCUAUGCAAAUUCAGGCACUGAGCAACACUGUGUCUUCAACUGGAAUUUACAUGAACACAUGGAAGAAUAAAAACAUAAUGUUAUUUUAA